AUGGAUUAUGUCACCGGGCUACCACGAACCCUUAGAGGUUAUGACUCUAUAUGGGUGAUUGUAGAUCGACUGACUAAAUCAGCACAGUUUUUGCCAGUGAAGACUACAUAUGGUGGAGUAAGGUAUGCACAAAUAUUUAUGAACAAAACUGUCCGACUUCACGAAGUUCCAGUAUCCAUUAUCUUUGAUAGACGAUCACAGUCCACUUUACGAUUUUGGAAAUCUUUUCAAGAAGUAUUGGGUACACGAUUAGAUCUUAGCGCCGCAUUUCAUCCACAGACAGACGGGAAGUCGGAAUGUACUGUACAUAUCUUGGAGGAUAUGUUAAGAGCUUGCGUUCUUAAAUUUGGAGCUAUAGACAAGGUCCAAUUGAUCAGACAGAGAUUGCUUGUAGCUCAAAGUAGACAAAAGUCUUAUACUGAUAAGAGAAGAAGAGAUUUAGUGUUCACAACAGGGGACAAAGUGUUCUUACGUGUCUCCCCUAUGAAAGGUGUGAUGCGUUUUUGGAAAAGAGGCAAGUUGAGCCCCAGGUUUAUAGGACCGUAUGAGAUACUAGACCGAGUGGGAGCGGUGGCUUAUUGUUUGGCACUUCCUCCUGAGUUAUCUUUUAUUCACCCAACAUUUCAUGUCUCAAUGCUAAGGAAAUAUAUAUCAUACUCAUCUCAGGUGCUUGAAGCACUUGCUAUACCUCUUGAUGAAAAGUUGUCUUACGAGGAAGAACCGACAACUAUUGUUGAUAGGCAA